AUGUCCGGUCCGCUACCAUCGAGACUCGUGUUGCUGUCUGAACUGGAGAAAUGCGCACUAGGUGAAAAGGUCCGGUUUCUAGGCUGCGUCGAUGAAUAUGUUGUGAAGAGUGCGACGCUUUGCCUCAAGCACCCUUAUCCUGGCCCCUCUCCCCCGAAGAUAGCGCGGGUCAACAUCGACCAUGUCCUCGAGUCAGUCAAAAGCUGUGAAAUCGACGUCGGGUCAUGGCUCAAUGUCAUUGGGUACGUGGAGGCCCGCAUGUCCCACGGUGUUGGCGUGCAAGCUGUCACGGUCUGGAGUGCGGGCAAUGUUGAUUUAGAUAUGUACCAAAGAGCCGUGGAUGUGAGGAAGGCGGCUAGACAGUGA